AUGCUGAGGCUGACAACAGCUGUGCGAGUGGGAGCCCUUCGUGGGCAGUCCCCGGACUCGAAAGACAGUCAACGACGGAGGCGAGAGCAGGCUGUUGUGACAGCAGCGACACUCGCGCAGAAACCCCCAAAAUUACCCGAAACCCUAACCGAAACCCCAGCCGAGACCCAACCCAUAAUAUAUGAUCCUUCUCCCACCACACCACAUACGGGCACUGCUGAGCGCAUACAAGAGGAAGAGGUAGUGGAGAAUCAGGAGGUUGAGGAAGAAAGGAGGAGGGAUGAGCAGGGGAGUGAGAUAGGGGAUGGAGAUGAGAGAGUCCAAGGGGAGGAGGGUGAUGAUGAGGAUGUGGAGAAUGAGUCUGGUGGUGUUGAGAAUGCUGAGAACGAAGAGGGCGAUAACAGGGAUGCAGAGGGUAGUGGUGAUAGGAAUAUUGAGGGUAGUGGUGAUAGGACCGAGGAAGGUACUGAUGAAAAUGCUGAGAACGCUGAGAGAAUGUUGAGGAAGAAAUCCCUGCAAAAAGUGAUUGCUUAG